AUGAUUUCACUAAUCUCUAUGGUGGCCCUCUUUGUCUUGGCCGUCUUUGUGCCCGCCGCCAGCCACUGGUUGCUCAAAAGAAAGUCUCCCUUUGGCAAAGAUCUCAGGAUUGCAAAGAUCGGCAUCCUGGCGCUCUUUUUCGGAAGCAUUUUGGUUGUUCUGUCAAGAACUACAAUGCAGUUUAUCGUUACGCAGUCAAUUUACACGAUAGACAUGUGCUAUGUGUUGGCGAUCACGAGCGUCAUUGCUUUCUUGGCCGGCGCAAAGAGCCUCGAGGCCAGCGGAACGGGGCUCGUCUAUAUGACUGUGGUUUUUAUGCGCACGAUUGGAUCCCUCGUUGCAGGCCCAAUCAUUUUUGGCGUGUUUCGCGUGGGCCUGAGCAUGGGAGGCGACUGGAUUGGUCUGCCAUUCUUCUUCGAGGUUCUACUGCAGGUUUUUACUGUUGCCGUUACUUUUUGUAUUCGUGAGCGACGCAGCGCAGUAGAAACUACGGUCGAUGAAUAG